AUGUUGCCAACCAAACUUGGACGGUUGCUGGAGCGAUGCGGGAAGCCCGUUUUCAGUAGCAAGGAUGACGUGCGGCGCACCAUGGUUGCUCUGCUAGAAAUAUCGGCCUUUGUGGACCGCAAAGGCCUAAGGUUUGUCGCCGCCCCCCUCAGGCGGUUCUGUCGCAGGGAUCCUGACACCAUCGCCAGCGCGAUGGAACUGGUCCCUAUUGACCCCGCGGAGCCAGCACAUGGUCGAAGAGCUGCAGUAUUGCUGCAGUGUCUCCCAAAACAAGGAUGCGAUGACGUCAUAUGGGAGCAGGCAAUUCAGAUAUGCCUCUCCGGCCUUCAGGGAAAAAAGUGGGAUCUGCACGACUACCGCAUUGCCCUUGCACAUGCAAGUCGGUGGGGUCGACACCCCAGUUCACUUGCAGUGGCCACGGAAGAACUUGUCAGUGCCACUGUGCGAAGCGCCUCUCAGAGUGAACUUCCUGUGCUAUUUGUCAUCCUUACUUCACUACCAGAAUUGAAGAGCUCUUCAUGCCUACAGGCGGCAGCUGAUCGAGUAAUAUCACUGGCCGAAGUGUUGACGCCAGCAGCUAUUGGACAGGUGUGUGCCUGUGUCAACAAAUUUCAAUUCAGACAUAGUGCUUUGGCAAUCGCAUUGCAAGAAGAAGCCAUUCGUUUUGCAGAGGAGAGUGAUUUGUUUAGUGCGGUGCAGCUGUUCAGCUUCAUUUGCCAGCAACAAAACGAUGCAAUUAGCCCGGAUGCUAUCAAGUGCCUGGCGGAGCGUGUGAUUGAAGGCAAGGACUUGGAUCAAGAGACUGUGACGACGCUCUGCCGAGCGCUUAAGUCACUUCCUCGACAGCUGCGACCGGAGCUCCUGCAGGACAUCACAGAGAUGAUCGCCUUUCUAGGCGUGGAGGUCAAGGGGAUUAUGUCGCAGCCUGUAGAGGAGGGGGGCCUUAAGGGGGAAACUUCAGUGGCUAAUAUUCAAUCCUUCAUCUCUCGAUUCCUUGCCCUGGACAGCCUGCUUCCACUGGAUCAUGAAAGGCCCAUGGAAUUCACAGAAGCAGUAAAAUUAUGUGUGGAUUACAUCACAGAGAGACUCGAAGACAUUGUUGCGGAUGAAAAUCCGCCGUUUUCAAUUAUUCCGAAUCUGCUGAAUGUAAAGAUGCAAGAAACCCGACAGUGUGGUCUGGCCAUCAUUCGAGAAGCCGCCGAGCAGGGGAUCCAUUUCCCAACGCUUCAGGCGUUUCGUUUCCUUUUAAUGUUGGGGGAUCACAACAUGAAGGAUAGGCGCGUCUACCGACACCUUCGCAAUGAGUUUGCCAAGACAGCUUCUGGUAUUCCUAUGAUUCAGCUGUGUGCCGCCUUGAAGUGUUUUGUGCGCGGCCUCAUACGGGACCCAGAGGCCCAGUCUCUGGAAGACCAAGUGGAACACGAAUUGGAGCGGGAGGACAUGGAUGCCUUCCUGCGGUUUUGUGUGGAAAACCUGCAACGGGGGUUUGCGGAUGGCAUGGAGAUCAAGUCUGUUCUUGCAGCCACAGAGAGCUUGCACCAGCUCGGAUACGCUGACCCCGCGUUUCUUGAGAAGGUCGCACGCUACCUUGACACAAAGUGUGCAUCAGCGUCGCCGGCUGCCAACAGUAGCGAGACGGCUAAUACGAUAUGCCUGGCGCUCGGUGAGGACAUCCUUGACAGGUACCCCGCCGUGCACACAUUUCUCUUGCAGGUGGAAAACGAAGGUGUCAAGGGGGAAUCCGCACUUCCUCCGACAGAGUGGAUGAACAAGAACGAUCCCGCCAACUUCAUAGUCCCCUUAACGGAACUCCAAGAAGAGGGUUGGAACGUCAUUAACAGGAUGAUCGAGACCCGAGCCGCAGACACGGAAACGCUGACAAAAUUGGCCAAGGAGUAUGUUUCCAUUCUUAAAGACACACGUGUGGAUGACCUCAAAUAUUUUUUUGGUGUAUUUGAGGAGAAAGUGUUCAAGGAGGAUAAACUUUUGAAGGAAUGCCUGGAUUACCUUCUGAGUAGCGACAUGGUCUCCAAGCUCUCUGCGACGAGUAUUGGGGCUAUGCUUCAUAGCCUUGCUUCGGUACGGUUUAUGUUUCAUCGAAGCGUCAAACGACUUGUCUUGGCUAUUACUGCUGAGCAGUGGAAUGAGAUGGAUGCUGCCCCCUUGGUGCAAAUUGUCUCCGGAAUGGCAAAACUUUCACUGCGUGUCCCACAGGUGUUGGCUCACAUAGGGGAUCGUCUUGUGCAGGUGCAUGUGUUCCUUUCCCCAAUGGAUACGGCGGUCCUUAUUAACGCUCUUCAGUCCCUUGGAUAUGGUAAUGAUGAGGUGAUGGUGAUGUUAAUGCGCCACGCCUCAUCAAGCGCUAGCCGUUGGGACGAAGUGUCUCUCACAUUACUUUUUGGCUCUUCAAGCAUUCAUCGUCUGCUUCGCGAUGUGGAGGUGGCGACUCCGCUAUUGGAGCAGGCUGCUGGUAAAGCCUCCUCACCCCAUCUUCGUCAAAGGAUUGCGGCCUCACUAAGGCGAUCUGCGCUUCCUCGGGAACUCGUACAGUCCUCAACUGCCGCCUUGACGGGAAGUGGGGGUCAAGAGGCAUUGAGGCCGCUUCAAUUAACUUGA